CCUCAUUUUCUUUUCCUCUUCUUCAAGCACACGAAAACAUUUUUUGCGCUUCUUCUUCUUCUUCUUACAUUCGUUUGCACUCUUAACCUCUAUGAUAUCUCGCGAGGAUAUGCCCUCGGCCUCUGCAAAACACAAUCGAUGAUCGAACCUCAACACGACCCAACAAUGUCGUCAACGACCACUUCGUCCUCUAGUAGUAUGCCUCUCAUACGAUCAUCAUCAUCAUCCCCACCACCGCCCCUCGUUCCAUCAAAGGAACCCGCACUGUCUCCUUUGAUGGGUACAAAAUUAGUCCCAUCAUCUACAGCUACGACUCCGCUGAUUACCCAACCCACUUCUUCUUCACCACCAAAACGACGCUUACCCCGUUUCUGGCAACAGCAAUCACCACCACCCGAUAUCCCACCCUCCUCAACUCAGCACCAUCCUCGCCGUCAACAUACAACUGCUGAGCAGCCACCUUUGUCCUCUUCGUCUUCUUCAUCAACAUCGUCAGCAACAAGUAAUAUUGGCUUUGGCAUUCGAUCAUUUAAACGUAGUACUGACGACAAACAACAUACCCCGAAACGAUCCAUCUCUUUGCGUCGCAGGCGACCUAGCGUUACACCAACCGAACAAGCUCCUGCUGCAAACAACACAAGUGACCUGAUCACUUCUACGAGCAGCAACAACGGCUCCUCGCUUCUAUCAAAGUCUCUACCCAUUGCACCCCCAUUGCCACGCCGGGGAUCACCACCACUUUCGGCCCAUUCCGCGUCAUCAGGAUCAUCGGCUCCAUCAACAGCCUCAAGUAGUAGUUUACUUUUAGACCGGUUGAUCGCCAAGAAACAUAGCCGCUGCCAUGCUCAACAACAGCAGGAAAACCGUGUUGUCACUGUUCAUGAAUGCUGUACAUGGAUAGGAGGCUACUGUGCCAAACUGGAUGUAAAUUCAGACCAUGUGUGGAAACAUAUUGACGCCAUACUUGAAAGUAUCGAGUAUGUUCUCGUGCAAACGAAUGCGUACAAGGGCUUAUUCCGACGCAGGAUCCUGGAACUCCAGCAGCAACAUCCACAGGACGGGACAGUAGGCAACGCUCAACAAGUGCUGCGUGAUAUUGAAAUGAUUUGCAAUGCCAUAACAACCAGCAUAUGUUGCAGCGACAACAGCAACAAUACCGAUCAUACCCUUGCUGUCAUUGAUACGACAGACCAAUUCAAACUUGAGACGACUCAUCGUGUCCUUGCAACGAAAUAUUCGCCCAUGCCAGAUUAUACGAAAAUAUGGCCGGACCACAUGGAUCGUUCGUUUGGUUGGUUUCGAAGACAUUUCGUGGGCAAGCCGUACACCACCUUUCUACGUGCCACAGACGAUGAAACAGUUAUUGUGUCUGUCGUCAAGGAUUUUCAGCAGUCAGACGCCUGUCGCGUGAUCAUCCGAUCCAAUAUCAAAAAGGUGAGGGCGCCCUAAUUAACAGAUAUAUGUCAAUGUAAUUGCUGGUUUACAUAUCGAAUGUAUUGACCACAAACAUAUUUAUCCAGCAUGUGGGUCAUCACUUUGUCGAUGCCGAGCGUCUCAAGAUCGUUGCAGGUGAUCAUGAUUUGCUCUACUACAGGCACGCUAUAGCUGCGGCAUGCCCAGA